GGCCUCUGUCAUGCAGCCAAAACCCACACUUCGAAGGCAAGACCAUCUAGAUAUAUAACAGACCAGGAAUCCUUCCCCUCAGCAUUCUUUUUUCAUCAUCAACUCACAUCUUCUCAUCUCAUCUACCACAACAAUCCAACACAACACCACUCCUGCUUCUACUUUACAUCAAUCAAUCAACCAACCAACAACAUAUCAAAGAUCAAGCCCAGCAUCAUCAACAUGCUCUCCAACACCCUCAUCUCCAUCUUGGCUUUGACCUCCGCCGUCUCCGCCUCUCCCGCACUUCGCCGCCAGGCCGACCCUUGCCAGGAUGCUUACAAGUCCUGCAUCGCUGCCGGUACACCUGAGGUCGCUUGCUCAUGCACAUUGACCGCCUGUGUUGGCGAGGACAACGCUCGCAACCGCGAGUACUGUGCCAGCGCAACCGCCAACCUUCCCAAGUCAUCUGCUAAGGCUUCCACCACCGCUAAGCCUGCCGUCUGCCCCACAGCUCUCUUCGACGGAUGCAACCCCGCCAGAAGCGCAUGCCCUGACGGCCCCGGUACUUUCACAACUGUCAGCCCCUCCACAUACCCCACCAGCUAUGUCAUCAACGGCCAGACUGUUUCCUUGACUGCCGCUCCCACUUCUUGCUUGCCCACUGGAGCUUCCAGUGCCGCUUCCAGCGCCGCUCCCAGCGCAUCUGCCAGUGCCAGCGGCUGUGUCGCCAAGUACAACACUUGCCGCACUACUCGCGUCAACGGUCUUUCCGCCAACCAGGCUCAGUGCGCUUCUGACAACGCUGCUUGCCAGGGUGAUUGUUACGCCAAGUACAACACCUGCAGAACCACCCGUGUCAACGGCCUUUCUGCCAACCAGGCCCAGUGUGCUUCCGAGUACGCUGGAUGUCUUGGUGAAAACCCUAUCGCAUCGACUGGUGGCCUGAUCUCGAGCUUCAUUCCUUACUCCGCAACCGUCAGCUCCAGCGCUGCUCCCACCACAAUGGUUUCCUCCAAGGCCACCACCACCGCCGCAGCCCCCAAGGCCUCCGGCACCAACGCAGCCGCUCCCGGAUCAAACCCCAAGAAGGUCGACGGCAAGACCUGGUCCCUCAACAACGUAAACCGCUACUGCGGUGACGGCAACACCGGCUGCGACUACAACUUCGACAUCAUCGCCAACGGCAAGACCGAGCACUGCACCGUCAUCCGCAUGCCCGGCAGCAACGCCGCCACCGAGUCCUUCUCCAACCAGCCCUGCGGUGACUUCUCCGUUUCUUGGGGAUACGUCAAGGACCCUGCUCCCGCUUACGCUGUCCUCACUGUUGUCGACAAGGCUGGCGAGCUCGCUUGGUUCGGUGUCAGCAACAUCAACGGUCAGGCUGUUACUCCUUCCAACCCCUUCGGCUCUGGCCAGUACGGCAACGUCGGCCCCGAGCAGGUUUACACCUACAACUAAGCUACUCUUUUCUUGAAGAGUUGAACUUUUGAAUGAAGAAGUUUUGUAUACAUUUAGAACAUGAUUGGGGAUUUUGGGUAUUUUUCGGGGUUUGAUAUUGUUAUUUUAGCCACACUUUCGUUAAUGUUGAAUGACCUC